CCUUUUGCUCCUGAUUAAUUCAUUUUUUCCUCUGCAUAUUGAUAUUUCUCUUUUCUUGUGUGAGGUUCAGCCGUUUUUGUAAGACAUUGAUAUAAUUGUUUGACAUGUUCAACGUUUUGAUGUGUAAUGCCAUGUUUAUGUUUGAGAUGUCGUGCUGUUAUUUCUCAAACCUUGGCUCUUGCAGUAUCGGCGAGAAAUGAUUAUAAAGUGAAUUUUUUGCUAUCAUUUAUACUGUAAAUUGUUAGUUUAGUAUUGCAAGGGUGAGACGGCCUCAAUUUGUCUUAUAAAAUAGAAGGCCUCAAUGCUAUGGAAUAUAUAAAUGGUUGUUGUGCUAAUUUGCUGUUGUUUUAGGUCUUUGAAAGGAAAUAGUUAUGGUUUCGCAUGAUCAAGAUCCAUCUAGGCUUGAGGGAAAAUAUGUUGCUAUGGUUGUGUGUUGGCUUCUUGGAAACGGGUGCCUCUUUUCGUGGAACAGUAUGCUGACAAUUGAAGAUUACUAUGUUUUCUUGUUCCCCCGAUACCACCCCUCUAGAGUCCUUACUCUUGUGUAUCAACCAUUUGCACUCGGAACAAUUGCAAUACUGACGUACCAUGAGGCAAAAAUUAAUACCAGAAGAAGAAAUCUAUUUGGAUACAUCCUGUUUUUCUUAAGUACUCUUUUGGUUUUAGUUCUGGAUUUAGCGACACAUGGGAAAGGGGGACUUGGAACUUACAUUGGCAUUUGUGCCAUUAGUGGUGCUUUUGGAAUUGCUGAUGCUCAUGUGCAGGGUGGAAUGGUCGGAGACCUUUCAUUCAUGAUACCUGAAUUAAUUCAAUCUUUUCUUGCCGGUUUGGCUGCAUCAGGGGCUCUAACAUCUGCAUUGAGACUAAUAACAAAAGCAGCUUUUGAGAAUUCAAGGGAUGGUCUUCGAAAAGGGGCUAUUAUGUUCUUCUCCAUCUCAACUUUUUUUGAGAUUCUUUGCGUUCUACUAUAUGCUUAUAUCUUUCCAAAGCUGCCGAUUGUGAAGUACUACCGUGCCAAGGCAGCCUCAGAAGGAUGCAAAACUGUUUCCGCUGACCUUGCUGCUGGCGGCAUCCAAACAUUACACAAAGAACAAGAUGAAGAACAAUAUCAGAGGCUGAGCAACAAAGAGUUAUUACUUCAGAAUAUUGAUUAUGCUCUUGCCAUGUUUCUCAUUUAUGCUCUGACAUUAUCAAUUUUUCCUGGAUUUUUAUCCGAAGAUACUGGAUCCCACAGUUUGGGUACAUGGUAUGCACUCGUUUUGAUAGCAAUGUAUAAUUUGUGUGAUCUUAUUGGGAGAUACAUUCCGCUUCUAAAAUUCUUGAAGUUAGUGUCUCGAAAAGGUCUCAUGGUAUCAGUUCUUUCUCGAUUCUUACUUAUCCCAGCAUUCUACUUCACAGCCAAAUACGGUGACCAGGGGUGGAUGAUCAUGCUUACAUCUUUCUUGGGUUUAAGUAAUGGUUACCUCACUGUGUGUGUACUUACUUCUGCACCUGCAGGCUAUAAGGGACCGGAGCAAAAUGCACUCGGAAAUUUGCUGGUGUUGUUUCUUCUAGGAGGUAUAUUCGCUGGUGUGACACUUGAUUGGUUGUGGCUCAUAGGCAAAGGUUGGUGAAGUUGGAUUCCAUCUGAUUUAAAGAUGGAUCGUAUUUUUUCUAUUCUAGUUUAUAGUUGAAACCUUUUUUCAGUUGAAUUAAAAAAAUUGUGAAAGAUUUCCUGAUUUAUCAUCAUGUCUCGACUGAAUACAAUCGACAAUGGCUGUACAUCAUACAUUCACGGUUAUGAACAUCGCAGUGCUACCUCAAAAUGGGGACAGCUGCUUAAAUUAAA